AUGCCACAACAGACGGUAUCGGUCAUCCGACCAGAGGAGAAACUGGGCUUGUCGAUUGACGAGGGUGAAGCGGGCUCCACUGACAGAGUCGAGAUAGGCCAGAAUCAUGUACUGGACCUCCCGAGGGAGCUUGGAGAUGAGGCCCAGGCUGGCGAGCUCUGCUACUUGGUGGAUCAUGUUGAGUGGAGGGUCGGCGGCACUGGUGUGCAGGACGUAAUCGCGUUCUUCGGCUUGAUUGCGGAAAUAGAUAAGACCCUGGGGGGAUCGGCCAACUCGCGCAGGCACGAAGGUGCGAGGAGGUGGCGAUAG